GAUAGAACACAUAACUGUAGAAUAUUAUCAUGCUGGUACUCCUUAUUUAUCACCAGAAGCUAUUGAGAAAAUUAUUCAAUCUCGAGAGACGGUUAAAAAUGCAUGCAGGGAAAUGGCUUAUAAAUAUAGUACUUCAACUCGUAGAAUAUAUGAAAUUUGGAAAAGACAUGCUGAAGAAAUACCCUUGCGCAAACAGCAACUAAUACAUAGUGUUGUUUCUUCUGAAAUAAUAUCUGAAAAUAAUACUUCAGAUAAGAAGUCAAAGAAAAAAAAAUCAGGAUCCGGUACGGAGGCUAGCUUUUCAGCUAAUAAGGUUGGUAUAACUAAUAUUCUGAUAAAAAAAGUAGAUGAAAUGGAUGACUUACGAGUUAAGCUUGCACAAAAUCAUAAAGAAAGGGAAGAAGCUAAACCAAUGGCUCUUCAAGCCUUCAUACCGUUUCAAUAUCAGAUUUGUGAUAACACCUUUGGUGCUUGCUCUGCUAAAGUCGAAUCACCAGAAUCUAGGAACAGAGUCCCAUUACUUU